AUGGCUUCUGGUACGGAAAUCCAGCCUCUAUGGCUUACUUUCCUCAAUGAACAAGCCUCGACAUCAUCCGGUCAGGUAUUUGCUACAGAAAUCUCAAAAAUCUUUUUAGACUUUCUCUUCUCCGAAGACGAAGAUGCUGUCGCAAACGCCGCAAAACAAAUUAACGAUUCGACGCGCGACUCCCUAAUAUCUGAAUUCCAAUCAAUAUACGACUUAGCGGCACUUAUACCAUACGAGGAUCCUAAGCAAGAUAUGUUGUUACAGCUUAUAGUUGAGCUUCUGAAACUUGAAAGGAAAACUUUCAAGGGUGCCGAUGGCAAGGAGGUGGAUGAACUUGAUUUGGAUGUGAAAAACAACGACGAAUAUACUCAAUUGUGUAUUGAGUGGAUCAAUCUCUCCGCGUUCUAUGCUCGCUGCAUCGCUGCAAGUGUUGAUGAUCACGAUAAGAAUGCGUACAAAUUCCCUGAUGUUGAGAUUUGCGAAGCUUUGGAGCCGGAUUACGAUCCUGCUCCAGGAAUUGAUACAGAUUUUAGGGUUGUGAAAGCAACUAGAUACAUCAUCGUUGCUUGA